UCAUUUUUCUKAAUUUCDUCCCGUAUUUUUAUUCAUUUUGACUUCCUUAGUUUAACUCUAAUCCUCCAUCGUGUUUGUUUUCCUCCAAACUUCAUUAUGUUUGAGCGUGUGCGCGCUCCCGCCUGGCCACAUGCGCGCGUCCUGACGCUCCUCGGAGGAGUCGCUUUUUCAUCCAGAGCGAAUCAGGCAGGAACCGCCGGACCUCCGCUGCUGCUGCUGCUGCUGCCGCUGGGAUUUUCAUUCCUUUUCCCGUUUCCUCCUCACCUUUCUGGGAGCAGGACGGAGUUUCCCGCUUGGCGCCGAUGCUGGACGCUUCAACUGGUGUUCCGGAGGCGAUGCUGCCUGGAUUCUGGGCUGAGUCARGCUCAGCGGGUUUUCCUCCACAGCCUCAAUGAAAGUUGGAUUUUUCCCCCCCCCCGCAGGUUUCCCAGAGGAUGAGUAAAUGGAAAGGAUCGGGAUCAGGUGGUUCGCAGUGAAGCCGCCCAUUUUUCCCGUUUCUGUCUCCGGUUUUUGGAUGAAGCGUCUCCCCUUCACUCCCACUGACACCAGCUCGGAUUUCCCCUCUUGUGCGUUUCCAGAAUGGCUCGCUUCGCAGACGAUCUACCCACCCGCUAUGGAGGGAGCGCGGGCGGCGGAGGGAGAGGCGCCCCGGGCGCCGGGAGAGGGGGCGCCCGGGGCGGCGGCGGCGGUGGCGGGCAGAGGAUGUACAAGCAGUCCAUGGCCCAGAGAGCCCGAACCAUGGCCAUUUACAACCCGAACCCCGUCAAACAGAACUGCCUCACGGUCAACCGCUCCCUGUUCAUCUUCCGUGAGGACAACCUCAUCAGGAAGUAUGCAAAGCGAAUAACAGAGUGGCCUCCGUUUGAAUACAUGAUCCUGGCAACGAUUAUCGCCAACUGCAUCGUCUUGGCACUGGAGCAGCAUCUACCUGCUAGCGACAAAACGCCGAUGUCGGAACGCCUGGACGACACGGAGCCGUACUUUAUUGGAAUAUUCUGUUUCGAGGCGGCCAUUAAGAUCAUCGCCCUGGGCUUCGCGUUUCACAAAGGCUCGUACCUCCGCAACGGCUGGAAUGUAAUGGACUUCGUGGUCGUCCUCACGGGCAGCAUCUCUUCAGCUCUGACCACCCGUUGCUGACGCAGCUGGGGACAA